AUGCCACCGAUGCCCGUGCCGGACAAGUCAUCGUUACCUUCAACUUUCCAAUCAACAUGGAAAGCGAACCCCGACCCGACUGCGCUACCGUUCCCGCGUGAUAACCCACCAUUUGCGCUUACUGAGGUCGACUGGCACCAACUCUCCAUCACAGACGCGGACUUCACCCCCCACUCAUGGUCCAACUUACAACAUCUAAUUUUCAACAAACAACUCGAUGAGCUCAAGCGCUGGCCAAGCGCAUUGAAAGCGUAUCUGGCGUGGACAGCUCACGUCAAAGAAAAAUAUGGAAGUGUCAUGACAUAUCUCCUCCAGCAGCGCUUGUUCUGGGACCCCAUCGAGGACGAGACCGGAGCUCUGAGGUUCAACGUACGAAGCGAGACACCAUUCGCAGAUCGGAGCGAUUACAGAAUACUGCGGAACGACUGGCCGUAUGCUUUCGAGCCUGGCAUUCAUCACAUCGUCGUCUGGCUGAAGCAGCGGCUUCCGGUCGAUGCAGAGGGCUCGCUGAAUGACGAAGGCCGCAAGUUGAUUGACAAAUUCAUGAGAACUGAGGUCCUGCCAAAGUUGGGGGUAGAUAAGGUCGACCGGAGUAUCAUUUGGUUCAAGAACCCGACCAAUCUUCAGAGCGUGAGGAGUUUGGAGCAUGUACAUCUAUUGAUUAAGGGCGCGGACGAGGAGACUCUCGAUGCUUUGACGCAAUGA